ACAGGGCUGUAUGUGCUCGUGGGAGCAGGGGCGUUGAUGAUGACAGUUGGAUUUUUUGGGUGCUGUGGAGCAGUGCGGGAGUCUCAGUGCCUGCUUGGAGCGUUUUUUGCCUGCUUGCUGGUGAUAUUUGCUGCUGAAGUCACUGCUGGAGUGUUUGCAUUUAUAGGCAAAAAAGCGGCAGUACAGGAGGUCCAGACCAUCUAUAAAGAAGCUUAUGAUGACUAUGUGAUGGACAUGGGGAAGAGCAACAAAACUCUCAUUCAGUUCCACACAGCUCUUCAGUGCUGUGGUAAAGAAAGUGAGAUUCAGGUGAAGCCCACCUGUCCAGAGGGCAUCCAGAUGCCCAAG